CUCCACCAUUAACUGGCAAGAUCCACAGGGAAAAGGUAGGAGGACUGUGGUUAAAUGCACCUGGAAACACGCCAGAAAUCUGGACUCAAGUGAGAACAAUUCUGAGCCAGGUAAACAGGAGGCAAACGGUUGGCUAUCCUGUGCCAUGACAUUGACCAUCAAGGUUGGAGUGUCCUAUUUUAAAUCAGAAGUCAUACACAGAAAUGUAAAACCACAGAUAGCAGUAUGCCUUAAUGAUUUACAGUUUAGGUUGGAAGGAUGCUCUCAGUAGCACUCAGACAUGUAACUGUUAAGUCCUCUCUGCAUAUAAUUGACCUGACUUUCUAACAGUAGUUUGGAAAGAGCAACAAGGUGAUACAGUAAAUAUUGGAGAUGUAUCUUACAAAUUGAAAACUCCAAAGAGCCCGGAACUUGUACCACAGAACUACAUUUCAGACUCUCUGGCUCAAUCUGUAGUUCAGCAUCUAAGAUGGAUAAUGCAGAAGGACCUUCUGGGUCAAGAUGUCUUUCUAAUAGGACCUCCUGGGCCUCUUCGACGCUCUAUUGCUAUGCAGUACCUGGAGCUGACCAAACGGGAAGUUGAAUACAUUGCUUUGUCAAGGGACACGACAGAAACUGAUCUCAAACAGCGUCGAGAGAUCCGUGCAGGCACGGCCUUUUACAUCGAUCAGUGUGCAGUUCGUGCAGCCAUGGAAGGCAGAACUCUCAUUCUGGAAGGCUUGGAAAAGGCGGAGAGGAAUGUUUUGCCUGUUUUGAACAACUUGCUGGAAAAUAGAGAGAUGCAGCUUGAAGAUGGACGUUUCCUAAUGUCUGCAGAGCGUUAUGACAAACUUCUCCAAGAUCAUACCAAAACAGAGCUGGAUGCUUGGAAGAUUGUUCGAGUCAGUGAAAAUUUCCGAGUGAUUGCCUUGGGCUUGCCAGUGCCUAGGUACUCUGGUAAUCCAUUAGACCCCCCUCUCCGUUCUCGAUUUCAAGCCAGAGAUAUUUAUUAUCUACCCUUCAAGGACCAACUUAAACUGUUAUAUUCUGUUGGAGCCAAUGUUUCAGCUGAAAAAGUUUCUCAGCUUUUGUCCUUUGCCACCACUCUCUGUUCCCAAGAAUCUUCUACUCUUGGACUUCCAGAUUUUCCUUUAGAUAGUUUACCAUCUGCAGUUCAAAUCCUGGAUUCCUUUCCUAUGAUGUCAGUCAAACAGGCAAUCCACUGGCUUUACCCAUACACUAUUUUACUAGGACAUGAAGGGAAGAUGGCUGUGGAAGGUGUUUUAAAACGUUUUGAACUCCAAGAUUCAAAAAGCUCUUUGCUUCCUAAAGAGAUUGUGAGAGUGGAGAGGGUGACUGAAAACCACUUCCCCCAAGCUUCUGUGACUGUCCGGAUUGCAGAAAAAGAGGUGACGAUUAAGGUACCAGCUGGGACCAGGCCAUUCAGUCAGCCUUGUGUAUCAGAACGUUUUAUACAGACUUUAAGCCAUAAACAACUACUGGCUGAAAUGAUGCAGUCUCACAUGGUUAAGGACAUCUGUUUAAUUGGAGGAAAAGGUUGUGGAAAAACAGUCAUCGCUAAGAACUUUGCAGAUACCUUAGGAUACAGCAUAGAACCUGUCAUGCUCUAUCAGGAUAUGACAGCACGUGAUCUGCUACAGCAGAGAUACACUCUUCCAAAUGGAGACACUGCCUGGCGGUCCUCACCUCUCGUGACUGCUGCUCUGGAAGGAAAGCUGGUCCUCUUGGAUGGCAUUCAUCGCGUCAAUGCAGGCACACUUGCUGUGUUGCAAAGGUUGAUCCAUGAUAGAGAGCUAAGCCUUUAUGAUGGCUCUAGGUUGCUGAGAGAAGACAGGUAUAUGCGUUUAAAAAAGGAACUGCAAAUAUCUGAUGAGCAGCUACAGAAGAGAUCCAUUUUUCCUGUCCACCCCUCCUUCAGAAUCAUUGCGUUGGCAGAGCCCCCUGUUAUUGGAAGUACAACACAGCAGUGGCUGGGGCCAGAAUUCUUAACCAUGUUCUUAUUCCAUUACAUGAAACCACUUGUCAAAAGUGAAGAAAUCCAAGUGAUUAAGGAAAUGGUCCCAAAUAUACCUCAGGAAGCUUUGGACAAAUUGUUAUCAUUUACACACAAACUCAGAGAGACACAGGAUCCAACGGCACAAUCAUUGGCAGCAUCACUUUCUACGAGACAGCUAUUGCGGAUUUCUCGUCGGCUGUCACAGUACCCUAAUGAAAAUCUUCACAGUGCUGUCACUAAAGCCUGCCUUUCCAGGUUUUUACCAAGCCUUGCAAGGUCAGCCUUAGAAAAAAACUUGGCAGAUGCUUCAAUAGAAAUAAGUACAGAUAAUAAUCUAGAACCAGAACUGGAAGAUUACAAAUGUGAGGUAGCAUCUGGAUCUCUGAGGAUUGGAGCUGUCAGUGCCCCCAUCUAUAACGCCCACGAGAAAAUGAAGGUGCCUGAUGUUCUGUUCUAUGACAACAUUCAGCACAUGAAAGUGAUGGAAGAUAUGCUCAAAGACUUCCUUCUUGGAGAACAUCUAUUAUUGGUUGGUAACCAGGGUGUAGGAAAAAACAAGAUUGUUGACAGAUUUCUUCAUCUGCUCAAUAGACCCCGAGAAUAUAUCCAACUGCACAGGGACACCACAGUACAAACCCUUACCCUUCAGCCUUCUGUUAAAGAUGGACUCAUUGUGUAUGAAGACUCACCUUUGGUUAAAGCAGUAAAGUUGGGUCAUGUUCUCGUGAUAGAUGAGGCAGAUAAGGCCCCAACAAAUGUCACCUGUAUUUUAAAAACUCUAGUGGAAAAUGGAGAAAUGAUUCUAGCAGAUGGAAGACGCAUUGUUGCAAAUUCUGCUAAUGUCAAUGGAAGAGAAAAUGUUAUAGUGAUUCAUCCUGAUUUUAGGAUGAUUGUUCUGGCCAACAGACCUGGAUUUCCUUUCCUAGGCAAUGAUUUCUUCAGUACUUUAGGUGAUAUUUUUAGCUGCCAUGCCGUUGAUAAUCCCAAGCCCCACUCGGAGCUUGAGAUGCUCAGGCAAUAUGGACCGAAUGUGCCCGAGCCCAUCCUUCAGAAGCUUGUGGCUGCCUUUGGAGAGCUGAGGAGUUUAGCUGACCAAGGGAUUAUUAACUACCCUUAUUCUACCAGAGAAGUUGUCAACAUAGUCAGGCACUUACAGAAAUUUCCCACCGAAGGUCUCUCCAGUGUGGUUAGGAAUGUGUUUGACUUUGAUUCCUACAACAGCGACAUGAGGGAGAUUUUGGUUAACAUUUUGCAUAAGUAUGGAAUACCAAUUGGAGCAAAGCCUACCAGUGUGCAGCUUGCGAAGGAAUUACCUCUGCCUGAGCAGACAUUCAUGGGCUACUGGACAAUUGGCCAGUCAAGAAAUGGAAUGCAAAAGCUGUUGUGUCCAGCAGAAACUCAUCAUAUAGACAUAAAGGGCCCAGCACUUAUAAACAUACAGGAGUAUCCAAUAGAAAGACAUGAAGGAAGAUCUCAAACCUUUACUGAAGAAUGUGCCUCCUGGAGGUUGCCAUUGGAUGAAAUUAACAUCAUCUGUGACAUUGCUACAUCACACGAAAAUGAGGAAAAUACUCUCUAUGUAGUUGCAUGCAAUCCUGUUUCCUUAUACUUUAUGGAUAUGGCUGGGAAAAGUGGCUACUUUGUGGACUUUUUUGACAUCUUCCCAAGAACUGCCAGUGGAGUUUGGCACCCAUUUGUGACAGUGGCACCCCUGGGAAAUCCCCUCAAGGGUCAAGUGAUUCUCCAUGAGCAGCAGAGUAAUGUCAUCCUAUUGUUGGAUACCAUUGGCCGAGCCCUUCGUCGUCUCAUCCUCCCUUUAGAAGAAGCUACAUCUGAGAGAUCUUCCUGGUGGAACGAAAGAGAAGCUGAAACUUAUAAAAUGUGUAAAGAAUUUUCACACAAAAACUGGCUAGUAUUCUACAAGGAAAAAGGGAACACCCUGACCGUGCUGGACGUGCUGGAAGGGCGAACUCACACCAUCUCCCUUCCCAUCGACCUCAGGACAGUUUUUCUGGUGGCAGAGGACAAAUGGCUUCUGGUGGAGAGCAAAACAAAUCAGAAAUACCUUCUAACUAAGCCUGCACACAUCGAAUCUGAAGACAGUGGGGUUUGCCAGUUGUAUGUGUUGAAAGAGGAGCCUCCCAGCCCUGGGUUUGGAGUUACACAAGAAACAGAUUUCAGCAUACCUCAUAAAAUUUCAAGCGAUCAGUUAUCAUCUGAAAAUCUGAGCUCAGCUGUGGGACAAAAGAUUGCCUCUCCUAACCGAAUUCUCUCAGAUGAGAAUAGCUAUGCUACAGUUGUUGUUGGUUUCCCAGAUCUCAUGUCACCCAGUGAAGUUUAUUCUUGGAAAAGGCCAUCAUCUUUGCAUAAAUCAAGGGUCACUGAUUCAGCAUUCUAUGGAGGAAAGAAGAAAGGUGGAGCUCCAAAACAGAGUAAUUGUGUGACUCUGAUAGAUACCAAUCAGAUCGUCAGGAUAUUGCCGCCGGGAGAAGUCCCUCUAAAAGAUGUGUACCCAAAAGAUGUUACCCCUCCACAAACAUCUGGUUAUAUAGAAGUCACAGAUCUUCAAUCAAAGAAACUCCGAUAUAUUCCUAUUCCCAGAUCAGAAUCUCUCUCUCCCUACACCACUUGGCUAUCUACUAUUUCAGACACAGAUGCUCUUCUCACUGAGUGGGGGAAAGGUGGUGUUGUUACUGUUGAUAUGGGAGGUCAUGUCAGGCUUUGGGAAACUGGACUUGAACAUCUGCAGCGCUCGCUCACAGAAUGGAGAAACAUGAUUGGGCAAGAUGACAAACAAAUGCAGAUAACAAUCAACAGAGACAGUAAUGAAGAUGUGAGUUCUCCCAAACACGGGAAGGAGGACCCAGACAACAUGCCCCACGUGGGCGGCAAUACUUGGGCUGGCGGAACAGGGGGGAGAGACACUGCAGGCCUGGGCGGCAAAGGAGGUCCUUACCGGCUGGAUGCAGGCCACGCAGUGUACCAGGUCUCCGAGGCUGAGAAAGAUGCCGUUCCCGAGGAGGUGAAGAGAGCUGCAAGAGAGAUGGGCCAGAAAGCGUUUCAACAGAGGCUGAAGGAGAUCCAAAUGAGUGAAUAUGAUGCCGCUACUUAUGAAAGGUUUUCAGGUGCUGUCCGAAGGCAGGUGCACUCUCUCCGAAUCAUCCUGGAUAAUUUACAGGCUAAAGGUAAAGAAAGACAGUGGCUAAGACACCAAGCUACCGGGGAACUAGAUGAUGCCAAGAUCAUUGAUGGUCUGACUGGGGAGAAAGCCAUCUACAAACGCCGGGGUGACCUGGAGCCGCAACUGGGAAGCCCCCAACAGAAACCCAAACGCCUGCGCCUGGUAGUAGAUGUGUCUGGCAGCAUGUACCGCUUUAACGGGGUGGAUGGCCGGCUGGAACGCUCCAUGGAGGCUGUGUGUAUGGUAAUGGAAGCCUUCGAGAACUAUGAAGAGAAGUUCAAGUAUGACAUCGCUGGACACUCUGGAGAUGACUACAACAUUCCUCUAGUUCCAGUUAACAAAAUCCCCAAGGACAAUAAGCAAAGACUAGAAAUUUUGAAGACCAUGCAUGCCCACGCUCAGUUCUGCAUGAGUGGGGACCACACGUUAGAGGGGACAGAACACGCCAUCCGGGAUAUUGUCAAAGAAGAAGCUGAUGAGUACUUCGUCAUCGUCCUAAGUGAUGCAAACCUGUCACGAUAUGGAAUACACCCUGCCAAGUUUGCCCAAAUCCUGACGAGCAACCCUCAAGUAAAUGCUUUUGCCAUUUUUAUUGGAUCUUUAGGUGAUCAAGCAACCAGGCUUCAGAGAACUUUGCCAGCUGGCCGGUCUUUCAUUGCCAUGGAUACCAAGGACAUCCCUCAAAUUUUACAACAGAUCUUUACCUCUACCAUGUUGUCCAGUAUUUAAGAAGUGCCCUUCAUCGCCCUGAUUACUGGGAUUUGCAAUAAGAUGGGAAUGAAGAGUACUCUGAAGAAAAGAAGACGUGGUCAAAUGAAGCCGUGCAAUGACUGGAUAAUUCUGACAUUCCUGGCUCUUCCUACAUUUGGCCAGUAAUCAGAAUUCAGAAAAGUAUCCAGAGGGAGGCUUGUGUGUGGAAAUCUACAACCACUGACAGCUUUGCAAAUAAUUAGAGAACGUUGACCUGCAUUUUAUUAAAGUUGAGGGUUAAAGGAAGGUGUUUUGACAACCACCUUUUCCAAAAAAGAGAAUACCUAGCUUUUGCCUUCACACAUCAUCUGGUCACCUAAGAUAACAAAAGUGACUCCAGCAAAUUAAGCACCUGAUGCCACAUUCUGACAUUCAGUACAAGUCUGUACAUACCCACCCAGCCUGUUCCUGUCCAAUAAUUACUUUUAUUUUUCACCCUACUCUGCGUUGCCCAACAAUGACGUUACAGUAGUAAAUCCACUGAAGAGUCCUAACAGCAGUAUUAUUUUUUAUAAAAUGUUAGGUUUUCUCAGUAAUUCCAUUUUCUUGGCCAAAACCAAAAGGAAACAAAAGAUCCUUGGAUUGCUUCCUUUCCCACGUGACUUUUAAAAUUUCUUGGAAUAAUAAAGAGCAAAUACCCUUUCCCUAUGCUGCUGGGAGUGGAAGGAUAAAGAAUGUCUGGCCUUGAGUUUCCUGUUUCUUCUUGUUCUUCUAGUGUUUCUCAAAAGUGUCACACUACUCCCUGGUGAUUUCCAAAAUGCAGUGUUCAGAAUAACAAAAUGCUUAUGGAUUUACCUAAAGCAAAGUAAAAACAGGGCAGUAUGUUUGAACUGCAUGAUAACUGGACAUUUCUUUAGCUGUUAAAAAAUACUCUUUUCAAGCCUCAUUCUUUUUCUUUCAAAGUGUACCUUACUCCCACCCCAUCUUGGGCUGACCUUUAUUUAUCAAUAGGCUCGAUGUCACUUGGUUUAAAAUCAAGUGCUUCAUCAGAGCUCAGUCUCACUACAAUCAUAUAAUAAAAAGUUAGGGUUUUUUUGCUCAGGCCAGCGUGGUUCAGUUGGUUGGAACGUCGUCCCAUAGACUAAUGGGCUGCAGGUUCAAUUCCCAGUCAGGACACAUACCCAGGCUAUGGGUUCAAUCCCCCAUUGAGGUACAUACGAGAAAGCAACCAAUCAAUGUUUCUCUCUCACGUCGAUGUCUCUCUCUCUCUCUUCCCCCCGCCCCCCGCAAAAGCAAUGAAAAAAUGUCCUUGGGUGAGGAUAAAAUAAUAAUAAUAAUUAAUAAAUAAAUAGUUCCUCUUCACCACUGAUGGCAAAGUCAGGAACACUGGGGGCACCAAUGUAUGUGUGCCUUAUUAAAAAUGAUAAAUUGGAAAAACUAGUCUUGUUAGUAAUGUUACCUUAUUCACUCAUAUAAUUGUGAAAUUGUAUAGAUCCACUUUAUUUUAAUUAAUUAGAGGAAAUGAAAAAAGAUAACACCCAUUUGUUCAACCACCCCAUCUCCCUAUCAGCAGUCAAAGAAAUAAAGCAAUCAGAUAUCCAAUACAGUAUUACCCAAAGUGUUUGCAUGGCAUGUUCUUGUUUUUCUAACCAGAGCUUGCUCUGUAUGUUGGAUCGAUGCAAACAAUUGCAAUCCAGUAAGUAUCUUUAAAAAUAUAAUUACAUUAAUAAUAAUAAGAAUAUAACAACAGCUAACAUUUACUUACUAUGUACCAGGUAUGCUAAAUUAUUCCAUAUAUCAUUUCAUUCAAUCCUCACAACAAUGGCAUGCAAAAUAGGUACUUUUUACUUCAUUUUAUAGAUAAAGAAACUGAGGCUCAGAAAACUUAAGUUGCUUUCCCAAGAUAUUAGACCAUUGACUAUUCAUUGUACUAAUGAAAUACUCAGUUUACAAAUAAGGAGACUGAGGCUUAGAGAAGAUCAAGAAAAUAGACCGUGCUCACUGUCAGGCAAGGGCAGAGCUGGACUGUGCUGGCUGUUCUCAUGCUUCUUUAUUCUUGCAAACCUAGAGAGCAAGUUCUUAGUACCUCUUUCUUCUUUCUCCCAGUGCAGUUUCUCUUGUAAGCUGACCACAGGGCCCUCUCCCCUCCUCGGUACUCAGAAACUUUGUGCACGUCCAGGCACUCCAAGGAGAGUGUGGGGACCAAGGACAUGGGACACUGGUGCAGGGACAUUUCUAACCACUCCUUCCUGGACACAGCAGCAAACAGCACAUCGCCGUCCAAGUGGCAGCGUAAGUCCUAGGGGCGCUCCUCUGCCAGAGGGUCACAGCCCCCAGAGCCUGGAAAAGUCCAACCCAAGAGUUAUUGACAGGCCAGCUGUUUAACAAAUCUUCCCCAUGUGUAACUACCUGAGUGAGCAGAAGCCAUUUUUUUAACAUGCAAAGAAUCAUCCUCAAGUAAUUUAAUUUACCUUUCCCCACCAGUGUGACAUCCUUUGCAAUUGUUAUUUUAAAAACAAACAAAAAAACAUAUAACUCCUGGCUUUUCUGAUUUGUAAAAGGAAUGGAUAAUGGGGGAGGUGAGUUGAGAAUGAGAAAAUAAGGGUUUUAUUUUCAGUUUUGUAAUACCUAAGAAGUGUGUUCUUUUAUUAUUAAAUGCACUUAAUUAUGGGCCACUCCAAGCUGUUCCCAGGCCCUUCUGAGGGCCAGGAUGUUAUAAUAAAUGCAUUGUGUGCCUCAGGGGGGUUCCACUGAAAGGCGUCUAACCCUGUCUCGUCUCUGUGGUGAGCCCCUGUACUGCUGAGAAGGUUCAUUGUUACCCGUGAGCAGCCAGGAGGAAUGAAUGCUGUGAAUGCCUCAGUGCAUGGUGUGUGCACCCCCCGGAACCCUUGUGUGCCCCAGCAAAUGACCUCAUCACAAGGGGCAGCUCGAGCAGCCACGAGAAGUGGAUUGGAGAGGGAGUGCUUGAGCCCAUCACAUGUUUGGAAUGAAUCCUUUAAUUCUUUACACCCUGUCCUGUGAGCUGUCAGUGGAGGAGAAAUCCAUUAACGCCAGCAAGCUUUUCUCUAAACAAAUCUAGGGCUUUGAAAGCCCUUUAGAAGUGGCGUUCUGUAGACAGCAUUGUCAGUGUUCCUGAAAGGUCAGCUGCAGAGCCUAUAACCCUUCCUCCACCUGACUCCUUCCUGUGCCUGACAGAUCAGCCAAAAUUAAAUUUCCCAGUGAACAGAGCAGAGAGGUAGGAGGCUAGGGAGAAGAGCAAUAGUCACUUACUGCGUUUCUUUCUAAUUUGUUUCUAACAGUUGCAAUUGUGAGAUAUUCCACAAAUUCUAAGUUGAUAUCUCCUGGCUGGAUAAUUUUCUCUAGAAUUGCAUCUCAGGAAUAGUCAAAUGUCCACUUGUAUUUAGUAUAUUAUACUUAGCUUUUCCAUAUUAAGAAAUAAAAUGUGCACAUUUUAACAAUUACUUGAACCAGUAACAUGUGGCUUUAUAAAGGACUUAGAUGAAGAGCCUCGUUUACUACCAAUCCCUGGUCAGGGAGGUACCAUAAAGCUCUUGCCCAUUGCCUUCCCCUCCCCUUUCCCUGAGACUGACUGACAACAGUCCUGCAGGUCCUGUGAUGGAAAGUCACCUGAGGUGCCAUUUUGUAUGGGGAGAACUUCCAAACUCUGGGUAGAAAUAGGCAACAGAAAGGAAGUUCUAGAUGCUGCUCAGCUAUUACUAUGUGUGCAAACUUGGGCUAAUCAACUCUGGGUCUCAAUUGCUUCACCUAUGGAUUUUAAAAGGUGAACAAAAUGAUCUAUAACCACAGUUCCAUGUUCCCAUAUUUCACACAGUGAAUUGACUUUGUCCCUAGUUGUCUUAGAAGAACCACAUCAUUUCGGUGUAUUUUUGUCUCCAGCACCCCACACACAUGUUAGCCCCUAUUGCACAGAGAAUCUUGGCACCUGUAUCAAUUGCCCUAACAAAAACUGUUACUGACUGAGCAUGCAUUCUGCAAGUUAUGUAAUCAUCAUUAGAAGUGGAAAAGAAGAUAUUUCCAUGGAUAAUUUCUGACCAUUGUCUCUUACUCUACACUUCGCCGCCUUAAAAUAAAAUGCCAUAUCUGCUCAUCUGCACAGUGGGAUCAAAAAGAUGAGGAAUUGGAAAACUACUGUGUGCUGAGAGCUGACCUUUGAGCUGCAGCUGAACAAUGCACAAUGUGUGUCGUGUUGUUUUUUUUUUAAUUGUAAGAUCCUGUAAACAAAAGUCCCCUCCAAAGAGGGGAAAUGCUUGCCAGGCAGGCCUCGCAAGUUGAGAAUGAUUUGAGGGUUUUUGAGACUUGAUGCUGUCUGGGGCUUUCCCUUCCACCAGAGCUGGUAUCUGUUCUCACACGGCUGUGCGUAUCAUCUUUGGAAUGCCAGGGUUACAUAAUUUUAAACUGAGUGGUGAUUGUGGUAUUUGGCCACUCAGAGCAAAGUGUAACACUCUUUUAAGGUGCUUUGGCCCCACAGGGUGUCAAGAACAACAUGUUCUGCUCUAAGAAAUCUCAUCAAGGGACACAACAACUCUAAGGACUCACCGCAUGUGGUCGUCCUGCUCAACAGGCACCAGAAGUUCCCUGAGUCUUCUGCCUCCUCCCAGCCUUCAGAGGGGGAGUUUUGGAGCCACCAGCCCUUUCUCUAAAGGAACAAUCAAAGUGUUUGACAACAAACCCUGACCCUAAAGAUGAGAGAUGUGACCCCAGAGGAUUUUCAGAAUAUAAGGAUUUAUUAAGGUUACAUGCAAUUCUCAAACAUUAGUAAUGGUAGCUGGAGCUUGACCUGGAAAUGGAAGUAAAUAAUGUCUGUGUGAACAUCCCGAAGCAGGUUUGUCUCCUAAUGUAGCCAGAGUGUGGCAAGUAAAUAAUGAGCUUGCCAAGAGUACUCUGUGUACUUAAUGCCAUACUCGAAGCCUCAUUAAUUGAAACAAUGGGGAAAAAUAUAUAUAUUCACUCAGGACA